AUGAACCUCGCAGAGCCCGGGAUGCAAUACUCAUCUUGUACAGCAAACGAUGGCUGCACCCUCGCCUACCAGACCUCCCUACCCAUCGCCUCAAGCCACACUGCCACACCCGCAGUGACCACCAACCCGCGCAGCGACUGUCUCAUCCUGCUCCUUCACGGCUUCAGUGGCUCAAGCGCAUACUUCAAGCGCAACUACGCAGCCCUCAGCGCCCAGCACUGGGUCGUCGCGCCCGACAUGCGCGGCCACGGCAAUUCCACCCGCACGCGCGGCGGCUACCACGUGGCGCGUCUCGCCGCCGACCUACGGGACCUCGUCGCCCACCUCCGGCACAGCUACGACGCGUCCGCGCCCUCGACGCUGCACAGCCUGACCAUCGUCCCCGUGGGCUGCUCCAUCGGCGCCGCCGUGCUGUGGACGUACGCCGAGCUGUUCGGGUGCGCCGACUUCGCCGGCUUCGUGUUUGUCGACCAGGCGCCGCUGCAGGACCGCUCCGUGUUCGACGGCUGGGAUGCGUCGAGGGCGCAUCUGGGGUGCUACGACGAGGCGACGACGCAGGCGGCGCAGCGGACUUGGAUCCAUGAUUCCGAUGCUGCGCAUCGCGGUCUGGUGCAGGGCUGUCUUGGCUACCGGCAUGCGCCCGAGUCGGGCGACGAUGUCUCUACAGAGACGAGGAAGCGGGAUGAGGAGUUCUUCGUGAGCAUCAGCGCGCAGUGCGACCAAGAGUGGCUGGCGAGGCUUCUGAGUGAUCAUACGCGGUACGACCACCGCGAGGCGAUUGAGGAGAUCACGGUACCGACAUUGGUGAUGGGCGGGCGGAGAACGGGAUGCUUCCCGCUGGAAGGCAUGGAAGAGACUGUCAAGCGGGUGAACGGCAGACGGCCUGAACUGGCAAAGAUGUCUGUGUUCGACUCGGGGCAUUGGCUGUUCUACGAAGAGCCGGAUCGGUUCAACAGCGAGAUCAUCGAGUUUGUCGAGACCUGCAGAAGUAUAUCGAUCUAA